AUGACCAUACUUCGCUCCUCGUACGACCACAGCCGCUUUGAAGUUGCACACGCGACCAUCGGCAAUGCAAACAUCCGUUCCGACUUCAUCACGGCUCCAACACAAUCUUUAGACAUAGCCAGCGACAAACAACCGACGGCAGCACUGGAGAAGCCAGCGGAUGUUCAACAUGAGUUUGAAAUCUCUAGUCAAGUAGCCGGCGAAGACGAAUCAUUCCCGUCGAAUCAAGGUGCACAUCACGACAAGGCUCUGACGCGGAAGCUACUCUGGAAACUUGAUUCAAGAAUCGUCCCCAUCCUCGCCGUCCUGUUCCUAUACUCGUUUCUCGACCGAACCAACGUCGGCAACGCCAAAAUCCUGGGCCUCGAGAAAGAUUGA